AUGUAUCCCCGCUCGCUGUGGGCCACAGGCGACGUUUGCCUGCGAUGCGAAUGGCGACUCCUGAGCCAGCGCCAUAAGACUCGUCAAAUACAUUCUCGUAUUGCACUUUCUUCGCGAAAAGCUCCACGAGUGCCACAGCGGACGCUACACGCCGCUGCAAUUCGCUCUCAACUGGCUUCUACACCAGCCCCGACCUCUCAAUCCUCCAACCCCGAGCUCAUUCCUCACCCGCAACACCUGCCCAUUCGCCAGCACCUUGUGCAGUGGCAGCAGCAGUUUAGUAGCCCGACAGAAGAGAUCUUGUCUGCAUUCCAGAACCAUCCAGCAUGUGGCGACAUGCAAAAUGGUAUUUCCAAGCUGUCGUCGGGAUACAAGGCGGAUGAGGACAGCGAGACGAACGAGUGGGAUGGCGGCGAAGGAGACGAGGGCGAAGAACUGAUAACCAUUGGCCUCUUCUUGAGACCUGGCGAUGUGGUGGAGCUUUCGCAGCCUGGCCGAGAACCCGUUCUUGCUGUCUUCGUUCAACAGAUCAACAACAUCAGCCAGUUCUUCUCCGUCAAUGGUAGAUGGUCCCACUCUAUCCUAGCAAAAGUAGCCUUCGCCAUCACUGGCUGCUUCGACCCCUCGCUCCUGCAGCCUCUUGUUCCCUUCUUGCCUACGGACCCAGUCACAGCCAAUCCCAAAGGCGAAGUCCAUGUUCCCAUCGACAUUGCCGCCCCCGUCCAAGCUACUCUCCAACGUAUGACAGAAGAUGCUGAGAGGAUAUACCGCAAAAAUGCGUCCGUUCUCGAUACUGCAUAUGCCGUCCUUGCCGAUCCUGCCCGCACACGUAUGAUGACCUUGACUCAGAUCACAAAGACGUUGCUAGGCCGCGAUGAUCCAGCCUGGGUCCCGUCUCCGGCCUCUCUCUUAGCUGUCCGGAAAGCCCUGAAUCAUAACGAGUUCCGCUUUCGUUCCGACAUUCGUAGCCAUCGUCUGACCAAUGUUUUUGCUAUUCGACCCAAGAAUGACGUCCAAGUCGUUGAGACAGUUCACGAGUGGAUCCGGGAGUACCAUGACCAUCUUGCUCUAUCUGCCAAUAAAUCCCUACACUCCGUGCGCAAGUGCACUAAAGGAGCAUCUUAUGUCGCAGAAUUCCUUGAGAAAACACGCAGGCUGGUCGCCAAUAGCCGAAAAGACCGCGCUCCUAAUCGCGGCAAUCUUGGACCUAGUAAAACACGCUUGACGGCGACAGAUGGGUCGUCCAAAUUACAGGUUGUGUGGGGAGAGCCCUUCACUAGCACCGACAAACAGAUCAUCAACUUCCUCCAAGCCUGGGUGCUCACUGGCCAAUUCAAUGGCAUGGGUGGCCUCCACGCUGCCUGCGCAAGCUUGAUACUAGCAACGGACUGCUAUGGAGCAGGUGUCGUGCAAAAUCCUGCAGGCUUCAAACAAGUCGCGAAUGAAAUGAGACGUGCCAUGGGUUUCGUAUUUUUGCAGGAGAUUGGCGUGCUCUUGCCCUACGAGAACCGUGCAAUUUACGACGAACAGCUAAUGCUUCCUACUGUUCGCCUUUCCCGCAAUCUGGAGCUUCUCAAUACCAAAGCCGAACUCACGCGAAGAAAUCCAGAUUUCCGGGACUCCAUGGCAGAUCUACGCCGCGACUGGGGCUCGACUACGGUUUACUGCAUCGACGACGUAGGCGCGCAAGAGAUUGAUGAUGGUAUAUCGAUCGAGCGGGUGAAGGGUCAAGAUUCGGAGUUUUGGAUUCAUGUUCAUGUGGCAAAUCCAACUGCGUUCUUCGACAAGACUCACACACUUUCCGGUCUCGCCGCACACAUGACUCAGACUGUCUAUACCCCAGAAAGAACGUUUCCUAUGCUACCUACCUGGGCUACUCAGGGUUAUUUCAGUCUCGAUCGCAACCGACCCGUCAUUACCUUCAGCUCUAAGAUCAAUCGUAACGGCAGCGUACUAGAGACGAAAAUACAGCACGGCAUCAUUCGGAAGGUUAUCAGUCUGACCCCUUCCGAGCUAUCUUCGCUUCUUGGCGAAAACUUUACUACCGAGACGCGAAAGCUUGUUGUUGGUGGCGAGAUUCCAGUUGAGGGUAAAGACCGCCCGUUACCAAACCUCUCGCCCAAUCAGCUUGAAGAUCUAAAUGACCUUUACUCUGCGGCAAAAGCCCUCUGGGAGAUGCGUAAAGCAGCCGGAGCCAUCCGUUUUGCUAAUGUAUCGCCUAACGUACGCGUUUUUGAGAAUCCUAGCAAGGCCGGAUUGACUUGGGAUCCGCCCUCCAUCGACCGAGCACGCCUAGUUCAAGGAGACCCUAUCAUUGAACUCACCAACACUAUCUCUACCGGCUUAAUACAAUACAGUAUGAGCCCGAAGAACAUUGUCGAAGAAAUGAUGAUACUUGCUGGCCAAACAGCGGCAUCAUGGUGCACUGAGCGGCAUAUACCCGUCAUGUACAGAGGUACAGUUGAACCACCCACUGGCGAUAGCUUGUCCUCGGAGAAAAUCAAGCAAUCAGUCAUGUCCUACUGGGAGAAACAGGAAGAGCCCCCCCUCAAGCUCGCCAUACUCUAUACCGGGUCGUUAAGUAGAGCUAUCGCACAUUCUGAGCCCCUGCCACACAAGAUUAUAGGCGUGUCUGGCUAUGUCAAAGUCACCAGCCCGCUUCGUCGUUUCAGCGACAUGAUAGCCCAUUGGCAAAUAGAAGGCGCCAUACGACACGAGGCACGGUCUGGCAAGAAGUUCAAUGCAACUAAUCCCACGAACGCCUCUCGGGGUGUUCUUCCCUUCUCCCAACGUCAAAUGCAAGAAUCGAUAGUUACGCUCUCACCCAGAGAACGGAUCAUCUCCGAGACCCACCGGGCUUCGACGCGUUUCUGGACAGUCAUGGCUAUGAUGCGUGCCUUUCACUACAAAGAGGCUCCGCUUCCAGAUAUUUUCAUGUUUUGGGUCCGUACUGUACCUGAUGUUGGGGUUCGGACAACCGUGUCAGGUUAUCUUCCUGAGUAUGGACUUCGAGCCAAAAUGAUAGAUCACGAAGCCGGCCAGGUCGGCGACCAGUGGGAGGUAAAACUAGACAGCUUUGAUGUGUUUGAUGGAGACGUUUACGUAAAGCCUGUUCGCCUUGUCAGCCGGGAAGCUAGCUUUCCAUAA